CCGCAAAUGUUUCUCUCUAUUGGACCCACUUCAUGAAUCGACGAUCUUGCCUUUAUGUGAAGAUAAAAAAACUUGAUCUAAAUUUUGGCACUAACCUUUUUCUGUCUCUCUCUCCUUCUCCCCCUCCUUAUUUAUUGCUUCUCAGCGUCUUAUUGUUGCUCACUUUUCUCCCAUUUCUCUAUCACCUGAACAGUUACCUGUAUACAUAAAGUUGCCUUGCAAGUCAAUUAAUUAGAACCAGUCGGGCUCUCAGCUCCUCUUUUUCAUCUGCAUCAAGUCAAAUUUCUUUCUGUUUUCAUCUUGUUCUUUCAACGGUUUAUGUUCCCUCUCCUUUAGGUUAAAUUUUUACAAUUACAUGAUGAAGUGCUGUUAUCCAUAAUGUUAAUCAACUAACGCCGUGUUUUAGUGAAUUGUUGAUCACCUUUUGAUACACCGAAAACCAACGACAACUUUACCAAACCAGUCGGAUUACCUUUCCAUCAUGAAGCUCUCUGUUCUUUGUUUCUCUUCAUUUUUUUGUGUCAUCCUCAUUAUUUAUUUAGCAGCCAUUAAUUAUGUACGUGGUCAGCCCACCAUUGACUUCAAUUAUCACAACUAUAAUGAAAUGACAUCAAUUCUCAAUGAUAUUCACCGAAGCUAUCCACAUCUCACAUCACUCUAUUCAAUAGGGAAAUCUGUCCAAGGUCGAGAGCUUUGGGUCAUGUUGAUUAGUAAAGAUGUCAACUCAGAUGUCUUGAUGAAACCAAAUGUUAAAUAUGUGGGAAAUAUGCAUGGUAACGAGGCUGUCGGUCGUGAAAUGCUUCUCCAUUUAAUCUUACACUUACUUACCAACUACGAGUCUGAUCGCUAUGUAAGAUACCUCAUCGACAAUACAAAAAUUCAUAUUAUGCCCUCGAUGAAUCCCGAUGGUUUUGAAAUGUCUAAAGAAGGCCAAUGCCAUGGUAGCACUGGAAGAGGGAAUGCUCAUGGUCGUGAUCUUAAUCGAAAUUUCCCUGAUUACUUUACGCCAAGUGAUGCACCGAUUGAGCCAGAAACACAAGCCAUUCAAGAAUGGAUUCGGAAAACUCCAUUUGUUUUAUCAGCCAAUUUACAUGGAGGUGCUUUAGUUGCAAGUUAUCCAUUUGACAAUUAUCCUCAAGGAAUCUUAGGAUCUCUAAAAGCAGCUCGAAACUCACCGUCUCCUGAUGAUGAUGUUUUCCUUCAUCUUGCCAAAAUAUACUCAUUUAACCACCGAACCAUGCAUCUUGGUAAACCAUGUCCUGGACCUGGAGGAACCAAUGGAUUCCCUAAUGGUACUACCAAUGGAGCUCAUUGGUAUCCACUUGCUGGAGGAAUGCAAGAUUACAAUUAUAUCUGGGAAGGGUGCAUGGAAUUAACAUUGGAAUUAUCGUGUUGUAAAUAUCCUUAUAGCCAUGAACUGUCUCAAUUUUGGUUUGACAAUAAGCAAGCAUUAUUAACGUAUAUGGGUGAAGCUCAUCGAGGAGUUCGUGGUUUAGUUCAUGACAUGAACGGAAAUCCCAUUCCAAAAGCUAUUCUAAUGAUUAAAGGUCGUAACAUUUCAUUUAAAAGCUCAGAUAAAGGUGAAAUAUGGAGGAUAUUGUUACCUGGAACUUAUACCGUUGAGGUUAAAGCUGAAGGCUUUGAGCCAUUAAGUAAAACAUUUUCAGUUGCUGAUGGUGAAAUUACUGAAAUUUAUUUACAAUUAAACUCAAAUGAAUUUAGAAAAGGAAUUGUUUCAUCGUUGAUGCCUUCAUCUUCAUCAUACGGACAUCACCAUUUAUCACCUCAAAAUGAAACAUUAUUUUUCCCGGAUCAACCCUUUCCAUAUGUUGGAUCACCAUCAGUAAUCCAUAAAGAAACCAUUUAUACUAGAUUUAAUCGGUGGAUGAAUAACUGGGGAUAACAAUUAGGCAUAAAUUAAUCAACAAAAUACUUCAAUUUUUUCCAAUCUGUUCCUAUUUCAUGCCACCUUCAUGACUCAAAUUGAAAAAGCUUGACCCUUGAAACCCUUCUAUGACCAUCUUAACUUAAAAUAUUUUUCCAAUUCCAUAACAAAUUGAUCAUUAGCAGUUAAAAAAUUAACAAAAAUGUUCUCAAUAGCAAUAUCUUCCUCUUGAAAUGUGAUCUUUACUUUUGUAAAUAAUAAUGUAAAAUUAGACAACUAAAGAAAUCAAAUUUACUUGAUUUACAAAUUUAAUAAAUCAAACAACGACAAAUUUUUGAUCUAUUUAA